CCGGCAAAACAAAUGCAGAAUUUCAAAAUUGAACAUUUACUGAAACUGUUAUACUUUUCUUUAUUUCUAAAACUAGGAAUGGGAUUAAAUGCAGGAUACAGCUGGACCCCGUGGUCCACUGAUCAGGGAACUCCACCAGCCGGUGUAUACGCUGGAAAUGAUGAAGAAGGAUCGCCGAUCUAUAUUGGACGAGCUUAUCAUAAUGGCAAUGAAUUACCAGCAAAAGUGAUCCCUAGCAAACGAGCGGCCUAUGUUUCACAUGAUAAUAAAGACACUUUCAAAUCACAUUUCGAGGUAUUAAGUGGUCAGGGGUUUACUUGGGAGCAUAGCAGUCAUGGACACGUUCCACACGGUGCAGUGCUUUGCGGACAUUCGAAAUCUGGAGAGCCACUGUACAUCGGUCGUGCUCGUCGCGAAGGAAGUCUAAAUCUGGGAAUUAUUAAUCGGUCUCAAGGCGGUUUAUAUGUUUCAGUCGAUGGAGUUGAACGCAAAUGUAUACAUUACGACGUACUGGUUGGCCCACAGACAUCUUACUGGCUACAUCAUGCUGCUGCUGCACCAAUUCCGCCGGGUGCAACGUUAGCCGGAUAUGACAGUGACAACUUUCCGAUCUACGUAGGUCGUGCCUACCACGAAAGAGAUCAGUUGCCGGCUAAGGUAAUUCCGAGUAAGCAGAUUGCCUAUGUAACCCACAAUGGACAGGAAAUUCCGAAAGAUACGUUUGAUGUGCUUUACAACGAGAACGUCGCCUGGAUUCCUUCGGGAUUAGGUAGCAUCCCCCCGAAUGCUGUUUUAGGAGGACACACUUCGGACGAUGAAAGACUUUAUAUUGGUCGUGCCCAUUAUAUGGGGAGUUUAUUACCAGGCAAAGUUGAUCCUAUUCAACAGACGCUGUACAUUUCGUAUGGUGGAAACGAAAUUGCAUUAAAAAAUUAUGAACUGUUAUUUACAAGUGAGAAGGAACAAGGGUACAACUGGAUGCCAUGGUCCGUACAUCAGGGAAUUCCACCAGCCGGUGUCUACGCCGGAAAUGAUCAGGAUGGUUCUCCGAUCUACAUUGGGCGUGCCUACCACGAUGGCGAUCAAUUGCCGGCAAAAGUUAUUCCUAGCAAGCAAGCGGCCUACGUUUCCCACAAUGGACAAGAAAUUUUCAAAUCACACUUUGAGGUAUUAAGCGGUCAGGGAUUUACUUGGGUGCAUAGCAGUAACGGACAUGUACCGGCUGGUGCAGUACUCUGUGGAAAUACUAUAUCUGGAGAGCCUCUGCAUAUCGGCCGUGCUCAUCACGAAGGAAGUCUAACUCCGGGAAAAAUUCAUCGAUCUCAUGGCUGCUUGUAUAUUCCAUUCGGUGGAGCUGAACAAAGUUUUCUACACUAUGAAGUGCUUAUUGGUUCACAGAGAUCCAACUGGUCACAUUGUGCUGCUGGUGCACCACUUCCACCGGGUGCCAUUUUAGCCGGACAUGACAGUGACAGCGCUCCGAUCUAUGUAGGCCGCGCCUAUCACGAAGGAGACCAGCUACCAGCCAAGGUAAUUCCGAGUAAGCAAAUUGCCUAUAUAUGCUACAAUGGACAGGAGAUUCCGAAACAUUCCUUCGAGGUGCUUUGCAACGGAAACGUUACUUGGGUUCCGUCCGGAUUCGGUAGUGUCCCCCCGAAUGCUGUCUUGGGAGGACGCACGUCGACCGGGGAAACGCUUUACGUUGGCCGUGCUCACUACAUGGGAAGUUUGACCCCGGGUAAGGUUCAUCCCAGUCAUCAGACGUUGUACAUUCCGUAUGGCGGUGGUGAAGUACCAAUCAAGAGUUAUGAAGUGCUGAUUGAAAACUAAACAAUAUGAUUGUCGAAUGAUUACAUUUAGUUCUAAAUAAGACAAUGCACAAUAAAAUGCG